GAUCAUCCCAAGGGGCAUAUAUGAUUUCUGUCUCAGCCAUAAAGAACCAACACGAGCCAAACCACGGUCAAGACUAAGUGGCCCACAGAUAUGAUGCUGUCACUGUUGCUGGUGCUGGCUCUGACCACAGGCAGUCUGCAGGACACUGUCAAGAAACCCUCUCAGGACCUAAAUGUCUCUUCACUGAACUACGAUCUUGAAGAGAGAGUUAACACAUCAGUGUUAACACAUCAUCACCUGUCUCCUGAUAAGCCUAAACUAAAAAGGCAGGCUAACCCUUUCACCUCUACAAUUGAUGAUCAAGGCAAACUGAAAUGGCUGAUCUGGUCUGGUUUUCUCCCAAACGGAUCUGUUUCAAUUUACAACUACUACGUUAAACGCUGGGACUAUGUCUGCAAAUUCCAAUGCGAGGCAGGCUUCUACAGCCCCAGCGUGGAUUCCUACUGCCACUACGCCUAUGGAGGUAAAGAGUAUCGUAAACAGUCAUUUGAGAUCCUUGUGAAUGAAGACAACUUUGAGAUCCUGGAGUGGAAAGAUGGCUCUUAUGAUUCAAUCCCUCAACACCCAGUCAAAACAUGUUCUGGAGAUGAACUCUUUGUCGGGAAAAACAAGUACGGUCUUGGGAAGGUGCAUCGUAAACACCAGGCCUUCUUUCUUCCUUGGAAAGGUGAAGAAUAUUGGUACAAGAGCUACAAGGUCCUGACCAUGAAUAAGGAUGUUGAGAACGAGCACAUCUCUGAGAUCAAGUACAACAGCGACGCAGCUGAAGUUAUCAAAUAUCCCCCAGAAACAAUGCACACUUCUACCAUCGUCAACUAUGAAUGUAAUACGGUGACAAAGACCAUAACCCUUUCAAAGCAAAGUCAGGAGGAGAGAAUGUGGCACAUCAGCAGCUCUAUCAUGGUCAGCAUGAAGAAAACAUUCACCGGAGGCAUCCCAAAUGUUGUGAGUUCACAAAUUGAAGUCAGCGGGGCGAUCACAAUGCAGUUCUCAGGAGGACAUACUUACACAGAGACGAGCUCCCACUCCGUUUCUGUAGAGAUCAUUGUCCCACCAAACCACACCUGCAAAACUCGAAUGUUGGGCUAUAGGUACAAGUCAAUCAUCCCUUUCAAUGCACGUCUAACCCGCACCUAUCGCAACGGGGAGGUCAAAUGGACAUCCAUUUCAGGGACAUUCAAUGGUGUCCAGACUGGACAAGUUAUGGCAGUAGUAGAUCGCUGUCAACCUUUAACCAGCACCAUGCCAUGUCCCAUAAAGACAGCUUAAGACACCUGAGACUCCUCUAUGAAACUGUAGUGAAUCUGUAGUUUUACUAUGUGUACCACAAGAACAAAUAAUUUAGAUUCUAAUUUAUAGUAAAAGUAGGGAAAAGAGUGCCCUUUGAAGCCUGGCAUAUGAUAUAAUAUAUAAUAUUCAGAAAGCAUGAUUAUUUUGAAACUGAGGUGCUUAUAGGACACUCGCUUUAUAUUUAAUACAAUUAUAUGAUUAAUCUAUCAAUUACACAUUGAUUAAAUGAAGGCAUAUUUUUACUAAUACAUCAAUGCAUUUAAUUAUUUAAAUAAUCAGUUCAUUACAUUUGAAAAAUUAUUAAAAAAUAAAUAAAUAAAAGUUUCUCACCAA